GUCAAAAUGGAGGACAUUCCAAAUAGCGUCGGCAAAGCAGUGUCGAAUUUGUUCAACCAAAACACGCACUUCUUCUCACAUGUAUGGAAAAACGGCGACAUUUCGUCACGGUUGUGACUACCCAGUCAAGCCGCUGUGUCUUCCGGCAUCAAUCUGGCUCUGCAGAAGCAUCACGAGACCUGAAAGUCGUCUGAGUUGAAAAAGGUCAAGUGGUCUUGGUCUGAGCCCUCAAGAUGGGUGAAGUGACAGUUGUGGAAGAUCUUGUGAAACCGGAGCCACAACUAAUCAUCCUGGCGCCGCCGCCCUCUUUCCUACCGUCGGCCGACGAACCGUCCACUGUUUGGCCCAAGUGGCUCAACGCGUUCGAACGCUACCUCGGCGCACUCGACGACGAGAAGUUGACUGACAAAAGUAAGUGUAUGCUCCUGGAAAACUGCAUGGGCCAAGAAGGUCAGCGCGUCUUCGCGGCGCUCGUCCCGCGGGAACAGACGUACGCGGCGGCCGUCUCGGCGCUGACCGCCUACUUCACCGCCGGCCGCAUUUCUCGCGAGCGCUUGCUCCGAUUCUACCAAAGGGCGCAGAUGGCCGGCGAGAGCACGGACCAGUUCGUCGCGGCGUUGGAAGCGUUGCUGGCGCCCGGCGACCGCGCCGGCGACGACCUGAUCCUUAACCAGCUGAUCGAGAAAACAAAAUGGCCGCAGCUGAGACAGCAGCUGCGCUCGCAGAAGGAAACGCUGACGCUUGCCGCGGCCUUGCGCAUCGCUAAAGAGGUGGAGUUGGUUUUAAACGGCGACGUCAAGCCUGUGGUGCAGCGGCGCAAAAGGGGGAGGCCUCGGCGAGGGGAGACGGUCGUGGUCCAAACCCAAAGAUCUACAUGCGAAGUCAACUGUAGCCACGAAAAACCGUUGCAUGAGUUGGGUGUCGACGAAAACAUAGACUACACCGUCGACAACAAAGACAAAAACAGUAAUGGCUGCUCAUCACUUGACUUAAAACCGGAGGCAAUCUUGGACAAGCCGAGUCCGGAUGGCAACAGGAAGACGCUGAAACGUUUUUCUUGUUCCGUCUGCGUUGACAAACACUUCGCCAGCGCCCACAAGCUGGCGAGGCACACGAGGACGCACACGCAGGAGAAACCCUUCCGCUGCCCGGCUUGCGCCACCGUCUUCAGCCAGUCGUACCACCUGACGCGGCACAUGCGAGUCCAGCACAACGCCGCCCAGCACGUGUGCCCGACCUGCUGCGACAGCUUCUGGAGCGCGGCGGAGCUCAAGAGCCACAAGAAGACGCACGUGCCGCAGUUUCUCCUGUGCCCCCACUGUCCUGACAAGUUGCUGGACAACGACACGUUUUUACAACACGUGGCAUCUCACGGGGAGGACAGACGGGAAGGAGUCGAACCGACACCAGGCGGGGAGAGCCAAACCAAUAUUGAGGAAGUGGAAACCGACAUGAUGGAACCGUUGAUGGGCGAUGUCUGUAGCGUUGACGAUUCAGCGACGCUACGGACGUCGUCCAGCGUCAACGUUGCGGACAGUAAAUCCGAUGAAAAGGACCAAUCGCAUCUCGGUGUUGAGGCGGAAACGGCGCCGCUUUCUCUUGACGUCGGGUGGGGCGCAAGCGUCCCCUGCAAGAAGACCCACGUCUGCGCCGUGUGCAACAUGAUGUUCCGCCGCGCCGACAAGCUCAACCGCCACAUGCGCACGCACACCAAAGAGAAGCCGUUCCGGUGCGCCGACUGCUCGCGCGCCUUCAGCCAGUCGUACCACUUGAGCCGGCACCAGCGGCAGAAGCACGGCUCGCGGCCGUACGUCUGCCACCGGUGCGGCAAGGCGUUCGCCAGCUGGUUAAAGCUGAAGGAGCACCAGAAGACUCACGCGGGCAAGCUGACGUGCCCGGCCUGCAACGAGAGCUUCAAGGAGCGGACCCACCUGGAGACCCACCUCACGUCGCAUAAGGAGAUCCCCCGUGGCCCUCACACCCUCAUCUGCGAAGACUGUGGCAAAGUGUUUGGCCGCAGGUACCACUUGAAGCGGCACAUCCUGGUGAACUGCAAGGCCUCGCACGCGGAUUGCUACACCUGCGCCCAAUGUCGCAAGAGCUUCGUCUUGGUGGACGACCUGAAGAAACACCUGAGGAAGCACGCCAAGGAAAACAGCGGAACGUGCCCGCGGUGCGACCAGAACUUCGGCAGCCGGGAGGAGCUGGAGGCGCACGUGGAGGCGCAUAAUGCUUCUUACCUGUGCAGCGUCUGCGGGAAGAACUUCAAGGUGGAGAACGCGCUGAAGAAGCACGAGCAGAAGCACGAAGAAGAGCACUACUACUGCGCCACGUGCCGCAAGCACUUCAGCAACCUCUCGCACUACAAGCGCCACGAGGAGGUGCACGACCGGCGCGAGAACAAGUGUCCGCACUGCCAGGAGGUCUUCCUCAAGCUCACCGCUUUCAAGUAUCACCUCCAGUCCCACAGGGAGGAGAGACCCUACCAGUGCACCUACUGCAUGGACACCUUCGAGCACAACGAGGAGUUAGAGCGCCACUGCCUGAAGCACAGGAAGUUCCGGAAAGAGCGCCCGUACAACUGCACGCGCUGCAACCGCGCCUUCGCCACGCUGGCCGAGCUGACGGAGCACCUGGACGGCCACAAGGGCGAGUCGCCGCUCAGCUGCGACAUCUGCGGCCGCUCCUUCCUCAACGCCAGCAAGCUAGAGAAGCACCUGAGCCUCCACACGGGCGAGCGGCCCCACCUGUGCACGCACUGCGGCAACGGCUUCCCGACGGCCGCCAACCUGAAGCAGCACGUUUACUCCCACACCGGCGAGAAGCCCUUCGCGUGCUCGCAGUGCAACAAGGCCUUCCGCUCGGCCAGCGGACUGCACCUGCACAGCAGGCGGCACAUGGACGCGCCGCCCAGCUUCGCCUGCGCCGACUGCGGCAGGACCUACGGCCGCAUGACGGAGCUGAGGAUGCACCAGCGCUACCACACGGGGGACAAGCCGUACGCCUGCGUCAGCUGCAAUAAGAACUUCGUCAGCAAGCACAAGCUGAUGGUGCACGCCCGCAUCCACACGGGAGAGCGGCCGUACUCGUGCCCGCACUGCGCGCAGACCUUCAGGCAGAGCGGAGACCGGAACAGGCACGUCAAUAAGUUCCACGGUAAAGCUUCGGAACUGGAAUGGUGAGAGCUGCGUCGUACUAUAGCUGCCGCCGCGUCAAUCAAUAAAGACGGUUAUACACAUUCCCACCGAGCAGUACAGCUCAGUUCACUAGCGUAGUUAAAGGUCAGUCCUGUAGAUUGGAUAUUUAGACUAACAUGGACUAGUUAGGAAAGGGUCAACUUUUGUCAUACGAAUAUCUAGGAAAAAAAAAAACCCUCUGGCAGCUACUUCUGUUUGACCCAAUUUCGUGUCCGCUUUAUCCAUAUUUGGCUAAGACCCUCCCCUUUCCUCUGAUUGCUGUCCUCCGUGCAGAAGACCCACUUGGCUGGGAAGGCCGAGAUCUUCACUCGUGACGUUCAUAAGUUUGAGAAAUUCAAACGAACUAUACUGUGAGGUGGUAAAAUGGAUGAAAAGGAAAUUUUUUUAACUAGCAAUGGAUCAAAUCCACCAUUUGUUGUCCUUUCUUCGUGGCGUGGGACUGUUUCGUUUUAAGAACUUCAAUUGUGAAAACAUUUUGGUGGUCAGGUUUCAAAACCUGCCGUCGAGCCUUCAACGCUACCCGCUGUUUUGCACAAAUGUAUUUAGCGUUUUGAACUAAUAUUGACAAACGAUGACUGAGCCAACUAUGUGGAAACUUUUUGUUGCAAUAUACAGUGAAGAAAAUAAGUAUUUGAACACCCUGCUAUUUUGCAAGUUCUCCCACUUAGAAAUCACUGAGGGGUCUGAAAUUUUCAUCGUAGGUGCAUGUCCGCCGUGAGAGAGAUAUUCUAAAAAGAAAAAUCCAGAAAUCAAAAUGUAUUAUUUUUAUUUGUGUGAUACAGCUGCAAAUAAGUAUUUGAACACCUGAGAAAACCAAUGUUAAUAUUUGGUACAGUAGCCUUUGUUUGCAAUUACAGAGGUCAAAUGUUUCCUGUACUUGUUCACCAGGUUUGCACACACGGCAGGAGGGAUUUUGGCCCACUCCUCCACACAGAUCUUCUCUAGAUCAGACAGGUUUCUGCUCCCUCCACAGAUUGUCUAUUGGGUUUAGGUCUGGAGACUGGCUAGGCCACGCCAGAACCUUGAUAUGCUUCUUCCGGAGCCACUCCUCGGUUUUGCUGGCUGUGUGCUUCGGGUCAUUGUCAUGUUGAAAGACCCAGCCACGACCCAACUGAGGGAAAGAGGUCGUUCCCCAAAAUGUCACAAUACAUGUCCGCGGUCAUCCUCCCCUUAAUACAUUGCAGUCGUCCUGUCCCAUGUGCAGAAAAACACCCCCAAAGCAUGACGCUAGCACCCCCAUGCUUCACAGUAGGGACGGUGUUCUUGGGAUGGAACGCAUCACUCGUCCUCCUCCAAACAUGGUUAGUGGAAUUAUGACCAAAAAGUUCCAUUUUGAUGUCAUCUGAGCACAAAACCUUCUCCCGUGCCUCUUCUGUAUCAUCCAAAUGGUCAUUGGCAAACUGAAGACGGGCCCUGUUCAAAUACUUAUUUGCAUUUGUAUCACACAAAUAAAUCAUACAUUGUGAUUUCUGGAUUUUUCUUUUUAGAUGAUGUUUCUCAGAGUGGACAUGCACCUAUGAUGAUCAUUUCAGACCCCUCCAUGAUUUCUCAGUGGGAGAACUUGCAAUAUAGCAGCGUGUUCAAAUACUUCUUCACUGUUUGUCACGUUAGUCAUACAUGGAUGACACUUUAUGCUUUAUGGUUGACUGGAAGAAACAUUUUGUCCUGAAAGUUUUUUUUUAAAGGGUUGUUUGGUUUUUUUGGUUUUUUUUUUUGGAAUGAAAAUUAGUUCCGCCCUCAUGAAAAAUGUAACGAAGCUUUUUUUCCUUUUGUAAGCAUUUUUUCUGCCUUUGGUCCAACAUCUCAGAAUGUAUUUGUUGUUUCUCGGCUUGGCCGCCUCCAUGCAAAAAGUGGAAUCAUACGCGCCACAAGUUCCAAAUGAACUGCACGACAUUUCUGCACACUGUUAUUACUAGUUUUCAAAACGAUUGUGUUGUUUUACUUUAUUUAUACAUUAUCUCACGGUCACAUCGCAUUUUCACUUUUGCCAGGCGUUACUGUAAACAUAGGUUCUCCAUACCAACUAAGCAACCGAUAGCAUACACCUGUACUUGUAAAAAUUUUCCAAUACUACUGCACUGACAGCACUUCAGCAGGCUGACCUCUACGUUCUGGGUAGGAUAAAUUUCAUCCGCGUGGGCGACUUGCUGAAUAAAGUCAGCGAUUGUGUAGUAAGCUAUCACAAUAAUUGUCCUGUCACAUAUUUGUUUUAUAAUCUGUUCCUGUAUUCCCAAGAAACACACGUAUACUGUAAUUUCCGGCCUACAGAGCGCACCUGAUUAUAAGCUUCACCCAGUACAUUUGUAACGGAAAUACCAUUUGGUACAUAUGUAAGCCGCAGCCGUGUUAAAGCCGCAAGUGCCCACAUUGAAACAUGAGAUAUUUACAAAGAACGACGGGACACAGAAAGAGUUUUCAAAGUUUUAAUACCUUAGCUUAACAUAGGAACAACACGGUAGCACGAACAGGGUUGUUUAAACAAAAAAAAAAAAGCAGCCGCGUCAGCUACUCAGUAGCCACAUGGUAGCACAGCACAACAGGGCUGGUUAAAAAUAAAAACGUACCUAAAUCACUAAGACGCGGCAGUAACACCGCAGCAAAACUCUGGCGUGGCGCUAUGCUAACAGGGCCGGUUAAAAAAAAAAAAAAAAACAUCCCGGUAAAAAAAAUCACUGAGACAUGGCAGUAACACAGCAGCAACCCGCUAGCGUGGUGCUAUGCUAACAGGGCCGGUUAAAAAAAAAAAAAAACAUCCCGGUAAAAGUCACUUCCACGGCACGUAUAUUUUACCGGUCUCACUCUUACCUUUUCCGCUCCAGUGCCCCCUUGCGGCCGUUGGAAAAAAUGCACAAAUUAGCCGCAUCAGCGCAUAAGCCGCGGGGUUGAAAGCGUGUGAAAAAGGUUGCGGUUUAUAGGCCGGAAAUUACGGUAGUUGUUUUUUAUUCCGUAUUUAAGGCACAAGGGCACACAUGGCAUUCUGUGUCGAAAAAAAAAAAAAAAGAAUAAAAACUAGACUGCGAACAUACAAUCCGGCUUCAACUUCCGGUCAGGGCAAAACAUUGCUUUGGGUACUAUUUCAACGUGAAAGUUGACAUCCUUACAAUUGUACAUUGUGAAACAACGUCGAAUUUAAUAGGAAUACUGUUCAGCUUUUUUGGGUGUCGAUAUGGUUCUUACUGCGCUGUCAAAACCGUGUAAUUGUGUUUCAGUUUAACCUUCAUAAUUAAUUAUCGUAAUUAUGAAUGUGAAAAAUAGAUCAUUACAAUAUUAUUAAGGUCUGGACCUCCUAUUACAUAUGUACAUGUCAAUGUAUCUUUUAAGUCUUCGUGGGCAUGCUGCAAGUGUUUAGAUUAUAUUCAUGUCUCUAGGGAUCCAAAACGCUCCAAAUUAUUUCGAUUUAUUGCGUUGUAUAUCAUGCUUUUUGCCCUGACCGGAAGUCACCCUGUUGACGACGGGGGAACCAAUCUUGGAUGGAGAGUGCGAGGUCUAGUUUUCAUCCCAAAUCAUUGAAUCCAGCAGAUUACAUUCUUCUUGGGCAAAUUUAUGUAGCCGUGUUUAGUCUGAAAGGUGUCGUUCCAUCACUAAUUACUAAAAAUGCCAUACAAGCGACUUUACUGAAUGAUGUUGGGUUUUUGAACGUACAAAGUGAAAAAAGUGAGCCGCGUGUGAUGGGUGUUGCAUGCUGCAAUGUGCAGUGAAAAUAAACCAUUGUAAAAAUUUAUGGGCAUGUACAAUAGUGAAUUUUCAGCCACCAAUAAUAAUAAAAGCCUCUUUUUUUAUACAUUAAAGUUGUGUUGGUAGUACACCGAGGACCUCUGCAAAUUAAUUACAUGGACAUGUUCCGUGCAAGUCGCCUCGAAUCCUCUAGAGGGCAGCACGCUGAUUUGCUGUAACCUGAUCUACAUGCGUCCCAAGAAAUUGUCACUGUAUUUAUUCUUUUUUUAUGAUACGGCCACAUAUAAAAAUAAAGCUCAAUUUUAAUUAACCCUCUGUA